AUGGAUACUUACAGCGGCCAAAACGGUUGGGCUGAUACCAGUAAUGCAUCACCAUGGGGUGAUACUAAUGACACAAUGCCUAUAGAUAACUCGUUAAGUAAUUCAUUAAGUGGUUUACAAUUAAACGAGGAUAUUAAUACAGUAAGAGCCAAUUUAACUGAAAGCAUAUGGGGAACUGAAAGGACAGGUGCUCCAAACAACGUUGAAACAGGAUUGGAAGCAAAAGAUUCUCUUAACGUGUCAACAAAUUUUAACGAGCUGAACACUGCUAUUCUUUCACCGACAUCUUCUACAAGCAAUAUCGAAGAGCAGAAUUCAUUUACAGAAUCUCUUGAAUCGUGGAUAAACGAAGUCAGAAAAACAUAUAACCCCCAGCAGUUGGAUAUAAUAUCAAUCGAAGAGAUUCCUGAAAGAGAGGGCUUACUUUUCAAGCAUGCCAAUUACUCAGUGAAACAUCUGAUCGAUCUCCCAAAUACUGAACCACCAAAAAAUAGAACCGUAGUCAGAAGGUAUUCUGACUUUUUAUGGUUACAGGAAGUUCUUCUCAAAAGAUACCCUUUUAGAAUGAUUCCUGAUCUUCCGCCGAAAAAAAUAGGGUCUCAGAAUUUGGACCCGGUUUUUCUGAACAAAAGAAGAAUUGGCCUGAGCAAGUUCAUUAACCUGGUAAUGAAACACCCUAAGCUAUCAAAAGAUGAUCUUGUAUUAACAUUCUUAACAGUACCUACUGAUCUUACAAGCUGGAGGAAACAGGUUAGCUAUGAUACUGCUGAUGAAUUCACCGAUAAGAGAAUUUCUAAGGACUUUGUAAAAAUUUGGAAGAAGGAUCUAGCAGAAAUAUGGAACAAUACUGCCAAUUGCAUAGAUGAGUUGAUUGACAAGUGGACUAAAAUAAGUAUCCUGGUCGAUAGACAUGAGAAAAGACUUCAGAUUAUAGCCAAUGAACGAAAGAUUAUGAAUGACCUAAUACACGAUGUUGGGAACCUCACAAAAUCUGUGUAUCCAAUUGAUCAAAAUCCAACCAUAUUAGACAUUAAUAGUGGCAUGACGGUAAUCAGUAAGCAUAUAGAAAAAACCAAUGAGAACUACAACCAGCAAGCACUGGAUACAAAACAAAAAGUUCUACCCAAAUUUAGAAUGUACACCGACAUUUUGCGAGCUUUAAAGAAUGUCUUUGAAAGAUAUAAAAUGCUAGCUACUAAUAAUGUCUCCAUGCUACAAAAACAUAUAGAUCUCAAUUUACAGAAACUAGAGGAUAUGAAAGGUAAACCGGAUGCUAGUGGACAAGAGUACGAUAGAAUUAAGACUACAAUCAGGAAAGAUCGAAAAAUCAUGUAUGAACAAAGCAAUAGAGCCUGGUUAAUAAGGGAAUGUAUUCUUGAGGAGUUUACAAUAUUUCAGGAAACCCAAUUUAUGAUUACAGGCUGUUUUCAGGAAUGGGCAAAAGUACAAUCAACCUACUCUAGUCUCAACUUAAAUGAAUGGGAGAAUGUAACCAAUCAUAUCCUGGAAAUGCCGCUUUCCAGAGAAUAG